UCGCUGCUGUGCGUUUAUGUUAGUUCUAAGGAUUCGACAAAGAUCGUUGCUUCAGUUUCAUGAAAGAAUAUGGUAUUAUAAUAAUUUGCAUAUUAUAAUGAUACAUUUAAUUUUGUAUCUUAUCCUGUAUUAAAAAUGGGUGGUGGUGAUUUGAAUUUAAAAAAGUCAUGGCAUCCAUCUACCAUGAAAAAUAUAGAAAAAGUUUGGAAAGCAGAACAACAACAAAAUCAAGAAAAGAGAAAAAUAGCUGAAUUAAAAAAAGAAAUAGAAAUGGAAAAAGAUCGGGAAGAUAUGAAAAAAUAUGCAAUGGAACAAGGUGUAAUAGAAAAGAAGGAUGACAAAAAGUUGGAUUGGAUGUAUAAAGGACCAAACCAGUUAAUUAACAGAGAAGAAUAUUUACUUGGACGGCCAAUUGAUAAACCUUUUGAACAAAUGGUUCAAGCAGAAAAGGAUACUGAAUUAAAUCAAACACCCAGAAAUCAUGUUGAACAUGAAUGUAUUCCACCAUCACUACGUUUCUUUUCUGGUAAUGAACAAGUUGAUUUGGCAAGAAAAAUGCAAGAAGAUCCUUUGUAUGCCAUAAAGAAAAAAGAAAUGGAAACAAGAAACCAAUUACUAAAAAAUCCUGUAAAAUUGAAACAAUUAAGGCAAUUGUUAGAACAGCAAUCUAAAAAGAACAAAAGUGAAAAAAAACAAAAGAAGAAGAAGAAACACAAGCGGGAUGUAGAUAGUGAUGAUGAAGCACAAUUGGACUUAUUAUUGACUACCAAAUACAAACAACUAAAGGAUAAAAUUAGAGAUAAAGAUUUAAUGAAAUCAAUGAAAAAAGUUAAACAUAAACGAAAGAAGAAAUUAAAAAGGGAAAGCGAAAGUUCUAGUAAUGAAUCAGAAAGUAGUAAUGAAGAAAGUUUAAGUGAUAAAAGCACAAAGAAGAAGCAUAAAAAAAAAAGCAGAAGUAAAGAAAAUAAUGUUAAAAUUAAAAAAUAUUCAGAAGAAGUUGAUAAUGAAGAAGAAAGAAAACAUGAAAUAUGUGAAGAAAGUGUUAGAGUUCGUAGUUCAAGCAGAGAAAGUAAUGAUGCUUCAAUUCAAGAAAGAAAAGAUAGGUUACGUAAAAGAGACAUAUAUAAAAGUAAAGACAAAGAUUUUCGCUCAAGAAGUCCUCGAGAUAGAGAAAGUAGUUCCCAUAAAAAUAAUUACAAUAACAGAAAUGAUAUUGAGAGUAGACAUAUUUUAAAUAAAUUGCAUCGAAAAGAAACAAUGUAUACUAAAUUUCCUUCUGAUACAUUUACAAAAAGUUAUAAAGAAGAAAGCAGGAAUAAAAAUAAGUGGAUUUCCCAAAAAAAGCAAUAUUUUACAGAAGAAGAAAAAGAACGACGUAGGCAAGAAAUGAUAGCAAAUGCAACAUGGAGAGAUAAAGAACGUGAACGAAAUGUUAAAAAAUAUCGCGAAGAAGAAAAAGAAGAAGUAGACAAUGGAAAAGUGUACAAUCAGGAUUUUGUGAGAAAACAAUUAGCAGCUGCUGCUGAAGUAGGUACAGUUGCUUCAAGAAUUAAAGCAAAUAUAAAUAAUAUUCAACGAUCUGGAAGAGCAAUGGACACGAAUUUUGCCAAAAGGUGAUUUCGAAUAAUACAAC